AUGACAGCAGAAGAGAGGAAGGUCAUCAAGCACCUGGACAGGUGUGACUUCACGGAGAUCCACAGACACUCUGUGGACAAGGCUGCUUCCCAGAAGGCCCUGUCCAGGGAGGAGAAGCAGCAAGAGUUUGGCUCCUUAGAUGGGCACCGCGAAAAGAUUGGCAGUUUCAAGACUGAGCCAUGGUCAGUCCGAGGCUGGGGCGACCACCUCAAGAUGAAGAGGCUGAAGAGGAGGGUCCUGCCGGAGGAUGUGGUCAUCAACUGCAGCAGGGACUCCACAGUACCUGAGCCCCCAGCCAGCCCCCAGUGGAAGGAGGUCGGGUGCGACUGCACAGUCAUGUGGCUGGCAGCAUGGACGGAGAACGUGCAGAACUUCAUCAAGUAUGUCACGCUGAACCCUGGCUCCAAGCUGAAGGGGGCUCCUUGCUCUUUUUUUGGGGGGGAGAGAGACUGGGGGAAGUACGAGGUGGCUUGGCGCUUGAAAGGGGCUGUGGGCAAGAUCUGUUCCCAGUACCCCACCUGGACAUCUCCAGAGAUGAGGACAGGACAGCGCGCUGUGGUCCUUUACUUCAUCGACAGGCUGGCGCUGCAGGCCAGGAAUGGGGAGGAGGGCAGCGGACUUGGUGGCUGCUGCUCCCUCCAUGUGGAGCACUUCUAGCUGUACCCAGAGGUCAGCGGCUCCCUGGACGUCAUGGAGUUUGACUUCCUGGGGAAGGAUUCGAUCCGCUCCCACAACAGAGUGCUGGUGGAGAAGCUGGUGUACAGGAACCUGCAGCUGUUCAUGGACAACAGGCCCCGGGACAAGCUCUUUGACAGGCUGACUACUGCCAGCCUGAACAGGCACCUGCAGGACCCGAUGGAUGGCCUGACGGCCAGGGUGUUCUGGACCUACAACGCCAGCAUCAUGCUGCAGGGCCAGCUGCAAGCGCUGCCCCGAGGAGAGCGGCUGUCUGUGUGGGGUCAGGGCGCCUGCUCGUGCGCUGGUGCCUGGCUGCUGGGCUGGUAUGAGAGCCAUGUGAUCAGUGGCUGGGGUGGAGUGUAGCUCGCUUAGCCCGAGGGAAUGGGUCAGGGGCCCCAGAUGGAGCCCCCCAGGCCCCCUGCCUGGUCUCCUGUCCGCUGCCCUGGCGAGUCGGGCUUGAGGCACCCCCCAGCUCCGCACGGCCCCCUGGGGUGUGGGAACCCUCUUCCUGCUGCCUCUGCCCCUGCUGCCCCACCGUCCAAGUGCUCUGGCCUCUCUGGGCCCCUCAUCCCAACUCU